AUGCACAUUGCGUCACUUCUUGCUGCGAGCCUCGUGGCCUUCACCUUCAUUGAUGGCCACAGCUCAAUUCGUGUCGCGGCUGCGUCCAUUGUGAGGGUCAUGAGCUUCAAUGUCCGCACUUCGAACGCCCCUGAUCCAUGUCCGAGCGGUUGUUGGCUGCAACGUAAGGAAAGAUUCGGGAUGCUUCUGGAAAAACACCCAGCCGACCUGAUCUGCACCCAAGAAGGGACCCCCGAACAAAUCGAGCACUUCCGGACUAAACUCGGCUUCAGCUACGUUGGACUUUGUGCGGGUAAUUGUAGCGCGAACGAACGCAAUGCCAUUAUGUACAAACCCGAUCGUCUUCAGCUACUGUGGUCCAAAACCUUCGCUUUGAGUGACACUCCCUACGUGCUGCCGUCCAACUCGUGGGGCCACGAAUACCUCCGUGCCGCGGUCGUUGCUCGCUUCCUUGACCCUCAAAGCCAGCACGUAAUCUGCAUUCUGAACACGCACUUUGACGUCUCCAUUGGCCACAAUGAGUCAGCAGUUUUAGUGGCGCGACUACUACAUUCAUACUGCCAGCCUCAGGACGACGUGUUCAUGACUGGGGACCUAAACACCGUACCUGAAACUGCUGCUGUCCAGUACCUUCUUGGCAAUGCCCAGUUCAAUGGAUCAUUUACGCAGUUGCCCCUGUACGAGACGCUGACUGCUGUGGGUCAGAGCGGGUUUACGUUCAUCGGACCCGACUUCGACAACAGGACCAACAGCGCCAAAAUCGACUACAUCUUCGCGAGAAAAGAAAACAAAACGUGUCUGCGCAGCGGCGAGAUUCUGACUGAUCUCUUCAAUGGCUACUCUGUCUCGGACCACGCGGUGGUGCUGUCGGAGUUCUGCCUCGGGGAUGGCUGCACCAACUGUGUCAAGUAG